AUAUUACUUGCUUCCUUUUAUAUACAUCUUCUGCUAUUCUCUCUCUCUAUUAACUCUAUUCUUCAGUCUUGAAUACUCUCAAGAUAAAACCCACUCUCACUCUCAGAAAAUAUAUUAGUCAUCACCAGAUAUAAUAGCUCUUCAUCCUUUUCUUGUCUUAUUUUUCUUUGUCUUUGUGGGGUUCCUUGUAUUAGAUCAUCUGGUUUCAGAGAACUUAUACACAGUAUUUUUCUCUAUCAAUAUGUGGGUUUCUGUUACUUGAAGCUUUGGUUGAAACUCAAGGAAGUUACUUAGGUAGAUAUCAAACGGAGUUUGUUCUUGUAUUUCAUUAUUAUUGACGUUGAAUAUAUAUAAGAAAGUUAAAGAAAUGGAAGGUUAUUCAACAAACGAGGAGAAAAAGCUCGAGUUAAGGCUUGGUCCGCCAAACGGAGACUGGUCUAAAGAAAAGGAUGAAACCCUUUUCCCUUUUGGUUACAAUAUCAGUACCAACAAUGGAAGCCAAGUUAAACAGCAGAAGUUUUCUUCAUUUCUUCAGCUUCAAUCAACACCACAGAAACAGAGUGUGAUGACACAGGAAUCAUUACAGACAGCUGGUUGUAUUAAAACAGUAAAUGAUGCAGAAAAGAAGGCAUUUUCACCAGCUACAAAAACAGGUCCUGUCCCCAACAGUGCUCAGAAAAGGACUGCACCAGCACCAGCACCAGUGGUGGGUUGGCCUCCAAUUCGUUCAUUUAGGAAGAAUAUUGCAAGUAGCAGCAGCUCUUUGAAACCUGUGACUGAGUCACAAAAUGUGGUCCCAAAUAAGAGUGAUGCCAACAAAAAACCAAUGGAAAUUUGUCAGAAAGGAUUAUUUGUUAAGAUCAAUAUGGAUGGUAUUCCUAUUGGAAGGAAAGUAGAUCUCAAAGCUUAUGACAGCUAUGAUAAACUCUCCUCUGCUGUUGAUGAACUCUUUAGAGGCCUUCUUGCAGCUCAAAGUGAUCAAUCUGGUGGUGGGAAAGAGAAGAAGGAAGAAGGAGAGAAAGCGAUAAGAGGAUUAUUGGACGGAAGUGGCGAAUAUACGCUUGUUUAUGAGGAUAAUGAAGGUGACAGAAUGCUUGUUGGGGAUGUUCCUUGGCAUAUGUUUGUGUCUACUGUGAAAAGGCUGCGUGUGUUGAAAAGCUCAGACCUCUCCACUCUUACUCGUGGAAAUAAGCAGAAUUAGCUGACCUAAUGAUUUGAUCUAACGCGCAAUCUUGAGAAUCACCGUAUCUAAGAAGAGAAUGACUUGUUUUGCAUGGAAUUGGAAAGUUUUUUAUUUUUAUUAUUGAAGUAGUAGAAGCAAAAAGUUUUAUGUAAAUUAUGAAUAUUUGCUGCUAAUAUUUGUGUUUGGAAGGCAAAAAAUGAAUAUUGCUUUCUUUUUGUAUCCAUAGGAUUAAGAGAUGCGUGCUACCUCUAGUUAAUUUCUGCAAUUUUAUAAAAUUAAAUGUAAACCGUUCGUUCUCUCCCUUGAGGAUUAGCACUAAAUUAGCAGCAAACUAUUAACCUUGA